CAAAUUUGGGGUUUCCAGCACCACUAAGCUUGGAUCUAAUGGAGGAGCUGAAAAACUAUAUAUCACUCACUGAGUAGGGAUCAAGGGACCUAGACAACUCCAUAUUCCACUUAUUGCCUGGACUUCAUCUAAUCUACUCAAGCUUAUGCCACAGGGGAGGACCCAAAGUCUCUGCAAGAGCUGGUUUAGGGGACUGAACCCCCCUAUUUCCCAGAGCAGAGUAUGACUGCACUCCUGCCGCUGCUGCUGGGCCUCAGCCUGGGCUGCACCCGAGCAGGUGCCUUUGUCACCCACGUGGAAAGCACCUGUGUGCUGGAUGAUGAUGGGACUCCCAGUGAUUUCACAUACUGUAUUUCCUUCAACAAGGAUUUGCUGACCUGCUGGGAUCCAGAUAUGGGCCAAAUGAGCCCUUGUGAAUUUGGGACACUGUAUUCAUUGGCUGCUUCCAUCGCAACUUACCUCAACAAUGAUGAUAACUUUCUCCAGCGCUUGUCCAAUGGGCUCAAGGACUGUGCCAUACACACCCAGGAUUUCUGGGAAUCACUGACCCACAGGAUAAGGCCACCAUCCGUGCAAAUAGCCAAAACCACUCCUUUUAACACGAGAGAAUCCGUGAUGCUGGCCUGCUACGUGUGGGGCUUCUAUCCAUCUGAUGUGACCAUCAUGUGGAGGAAGAAUGGGGAACCUAUCCUCCCUCACAGCAAUGCCCCCAAGAUCGCCCAGCCCAAUGGAGACUGGACCUACCAGACCGUAUCCUACUUAGCCACAUCCCCCUCUUAUGGGGACACCUACAGUUGUGUGGUGGAGCACGUUGGGAGUCCUGAGCCCAUCCUUCAGUACUGGACUUCUGGACUGUCGCUGAUCCAGACAGUGAAGGUUUCUGUGUCUGCAGUGACCCUGGGCCUGGGCAUCAUCGUCUUCUCUUUUGGUUUUUUCAGCUGGCGGAGAAAUCGCUUCUCCGGCUACACUUACAUCCCUGGGUCCAGCUAUUCAGGAGGUCAGCACAUUUCCUAGAGGCAGACUCUGAGAACUUUCACUCCCAGUGAGAAGAUUCACUUUUAAUGCUGUUGCUGUACGCACAACAGCCCUGAAACCUCAGAGGAAUCCUGGAGCCUAUGGCUUUUUCAGCCAAGUAUUUGAGUUUUCCAGCUACCCCUGUGUAAACUUUAACGACUUAGGGGGGACUCAUUCCUGGGAAUAUUCUGUAAAACUGUCCAAGGCCAUUUACCUGAGUUGAUUAUAACCGCAGAGAGGUUAAAGACACUUCUGGGGAUACCAGAACAACGAGUUGCUGGUGGUCAUCUCUGAGGAAUAAAG